UACAAGAAGUAGAAGUAUAAAAAAAAGAAGAAGAAGCAGCAGGAGCGACGAACAAACCAACACACCCUGGGCUACCAUGAUUUCGUUAACUAAAGUUCCUUUUAUUUCUUCACGUACGUUUCAACGUGCAAAUACCCAGCUCAACGUACUGACAACGCAGAUAAUCGGGAGCUCCUGCAACCAGGUGAGGAGGCUUUUAUACCUCCCGAAAAUUGGUCCGCUUACCAAACAAGUGCUGCCAGGCCGCGCUCCUUUCUGCCCAACAUUGAAUAAAUGGAUUGAGAGCAGAGUUGAUGAUCAUAGAUGGAGGAAAAGCGUCCAUCUGGCACUACCAAGGCUGGAGAAAUCGGCCCCUGUGCAGAUUAGUGAGCUUUCGGAAGCAGCAUAUGAGAAACUGGCAGAGGAGACCUUGGGAGCUCUGACUGAUUACUUUGAAGACCUGACUGAAGAAGCUUUCACUGGAGCUGAUUACGAUGUUGUCUUCUCUCAGAGAUGCAGAUUGCCCCCAGUCCUCAAGGGUCAUCCAAAUUUUGGGUCAACUUACUCAAAUAUCAGGAAAAUCCGAUCCAGGAAUUGGCAGAAGACCUUCCCCUCGUUGUCCAAGUAGCUAAUAAUGUCCAUAUGAUACAGUUUAUACAUUUCAAUUAUCUGUAUAUUGAAAUUGUAUAGGUCAAUGAAAUGUUACACUUUGGGGAGACCUACCUCAUAUGAAUGUCUAGCUGUUUGCAUAAAGAUACAUCUGUGGAAUUGUAUCAACUAUUCGAUGUGACCUAUAGUUGGUGCUCUGCCAAUUGAAUUUUUUUUUUGGAAAGGUUAACAUUCAAAGACGCUUGACAAUUAAAUGCAGUAUAUUAAUUCUUUAAUUUUAUUCAAGAAAAUCAAAUUCAUUGUCAAUAUAGCCAUCGCAUAAGACAAAACCAAUCAAAAAUAUGGUAAACAUUUACAAAAGAAGCUUACAUUGAGCUUGUCAAAAUAGUUGCAGCCCAAAAGAUGAACUAGUUGCAGCAAGGCUGAAUAGUUGGUGUGGUGGGCUAUUUCAUGCUUUAUUAGCCCGUACAAGCACUUGAAUGCCCCCACCACAGCCUCAUGCUCCAGGACAACUGUGGGCUCAAUUGAUGCAAGGAUAGUGUUAUCUGAAAUGACAUGCAGCAUCAAUACCGAAAAGCCAAACGUUUUAUUGAUCUUAUCAAAAUAGAAUAAACCUUUUUUUUUUAUCUGUUGACAGGCUAUUCUGUGAUGCUCAGACCUUGUGCGUGCGUGCGUGCGUGCAUGUGUGUUUUUACUUUUGUUUAUUGCGUCUACACAAAGCCCUGUCAAGGAAACGCUGAGCAGAGUUGUUGAAAUUGCUGUAAAGAUGUCGUGGAGCAUGCGCAUAAAGUGAAAGAAGGCAGGAGUCGAGAUCCUACUUCUCUACCACCUGAAUUUACUCCUACCACAGCAAUCAAACGGGAGGAGUUAGAAUUGCGCACUUCGCCAUAACCCUUGUUUGUGUUAAGUUACUGUUUUUGAAACCUCCGUCUAUAAUAAAAAUAUUUUCAAGUCAGAUUUGCCGGUUUUGAACAAUGGUCAGAAGAAAAUAGAUUAAACAGUGAUAGAUGAAAGUGUUGUUGGUAAUCCUAACCAGCUUCUUAUCAACAUUGAUUUGGUUUAUGUUGUUGCUGUUAUGAAGUGACGCAGCAGGGUUAAUAAGGGUUCAGGCUGAGGUUGCGAGGCGUGGUGCGCUCAUGUCAUUGGGUUAGAAAAUGUGCGAACACAGUAAGUAAGGGCCGUCCACACGUAACCUGGAUUGCCUGAGUGUGCAGGAUUCUACAAUCCACUACAAAAAUAUGGAUGAAUAUAAAAAAAAAUUAACGAGUUUAAAAGUGUAAUGUUAUCUUAUUGCCUGACAAAUGUCUUAUUUUAAUCACAAUUAUGCAGUCCGAAGAGACUAUAGAUUUUGUUGAUGUUUUUAUUGCUGCUACUUCCCCUGUCCUUUUGUUAACAGAAAAAAAAAUGGAUGCUUGAUUUUUUUAUUUGUUUUUAGUAUCAGCACUGUUGGCCUGUUGGCCUGUUCUUGGUUCACAGGAAAAAGGGAAACUUGAAUUUAUUUUUUUUUUUUUUAUAUAAACACUUUGUCUGUCCUUGGUUCUAAAUGGACAAAGAAUAGAUUUUUCUUUGUUUUUAAUAUUACCCUAAUAUGAUCGCAUAUAGCAUUGGGAGAUAACUGGGAGCACCGUGAGAGUUGUUUUAUUUUA